AUCGCAUUUGAGAAGAUCUUAUUGUCAUUGAGAAGCAUAGAAAGUGUUUUUCUUAUGCGUAAAAUACUUUCAGAGAUAUUGCCACUAAUGUGAGUCAAUCACUUGACCUCUAAACAUUAGCGCAUUGAUAUAUGCGCAGAGCCGGUGUGAGUAGGCCAGUUGCUUUAUUAAUUCAUUGGCCUCUGAACAGCGGGCUUUUCAUGUUCUUCAACUUGUCGUCAAGACGUACAGUUCAGCUCUCGGAUAUACCCUAUGAAAUAUUAAGUUUGGAUAUUGUCAGCGACAUAACUAAGAAGUGAUAAGCUUGCCACCAUUUGUGUUCACACAGAAUCAAAAUGCCUGUUCGGACAGAUCAACGUGACGUUGGAUAUGAUUUCUUUCAAAACAACCAUGAUGAGAAUUUGGAACUUUACCCCACAUCUUCAGCAUCACACCCAAGCGAAGAUAUCUGGAAAAAAUUUGAGCUGAUCCCAACUCCACCAAGUUCUCCUCAAAGAGAAGACUCGGAUUACUGGGAUGACACUGAAGCAAAACGUCAUAAGCUUGUUACAAGUCUUGUUGAUGGCCCAUCAAAUGAAGAUGACUUCUUGUCUCAAAGCCUUGUAUUAGGUGACUUUGAAUUUGCUGGACUAUCUAAGAACCUCCAGGCAAAUGUUAUUAAGGAUUGCAUGUGGACAUGUAAAGAAGACACCCCCUGCCACCCUAAAGACACUAAACUUGCGUCAAAGUUCACCAUAAGAACAUGUCGUAGAGAUUCAGAGUCGAGCAGUAUAAGUACACGAGAUGAUUCAGACUGUGUCGAUCCUUUGGCCGUGUUUCCAUACUCUGUCAGUCGAGAUAUCAGCAGUAGAGACAGUUUGGGAACAGAAACACCUUCUGAUUCAGUAUUACACAUGGACUUCACUGCUGAAAAUAUUGAUGUCAUUCAGUUUCAACCUUUGCAGUCUGUUCAAGAAGAGGAAAUAGAUGUAGUGACAGUUGAGAAGAAGAUUCUACCUCCAGUAAAGAAACGCACACACCCAUCCCCGGAGGCUAUUAAACAGGCUUUAGCGGAACAUAGAGAGAUGCACAACUAUACACGCCCCUGUCCCCCCUCUCAGUCGCACAUGAAAGUCAGCCAAGGAAGGAUAACAAUAAAUGGAGUAAAACGCCCCUACUCUUCUGUAUCGAACUCUCAAUCAAAUAAAAAGUUGAAGAGAGACAAUAUUAACAUCAGUGACUUGAAAAGUGCUGUGAAAAGAUUACAUGGUGGCUACAACAGCAAUAGCAGUAGUCGAUCAAGUAGCAGAGCUAGCUCAGACAGUGAGGACUGUGAGCGCAGAUCGCAACAUAAUGUUCUUGAGCGCAAGAGGCGCAACGAUUUAAAAUCCAGUUUUCUAGGACUCCGUGAUAUGAUUCCUAAUCUGACUCAAAGUGAGCGUGCACCAAAAGUGAUCAUAUUAAAAAAGGCUGCAGAGUAUGUAUCUGGCCUUGCUAGGACUGAGUCUAGAUUGAAGGCUGAACUGAGGAGUGAAGAAUCACGUAAAGAUCAGUUACUGAAAAGGUUACAGUUUUUAAAAAGGAACUCUAAUAGCUCUUGGGAUUAUUAAAUAUAACGUGUAGUACUAUUAUCUUAUUAUUAUUAUUAGUGAUGGUGGUGGGAGAUACUGUUUCAGCACUGAUGUUUAUAAGAACUAGGCAGUCAUAUGUAAACAUUUUAAGACCUGGUUGCUUAGUACAUAUUUUUUGUACAUUAUCUAGAUGUUGAAAUUAGUCAUGUUCAUCAAUUGUGUUCAUUGUAAUAGUUAAGUUAACAUCAAAAGUAUGUUCUUUUUUGCGCCAAAAUUAGGCAUUGUGGGUAUCCAUGAGCUUGGUUAGAGAAACUGUGUUCACAUUUAGCUUGUCCGGGAGAUCUGAAGUAAGAUGUUACUUUGGUUAAAUGGAUUAGAUGUUUUAAAAGUUAAGACUAUGUGUUCAUAAUCAUAUUAACCUAAUGGUACUGCAAGCCAGUUAUUUCUUGUGUUCAAGUAAAAUACAUAUUUGUCAUGUAUUGAUGCAAUUCUCAUACCUUGUGUACUACAUUUUUAGUACUUUGUAUUUUUUGUACAGCACAUCUUUGUAAAUAUAUACAGCUACAGAUAUACAUUUAUUUUAUUUUUCAUACUAACCAUUGUAAAUUGAAAAUCUUAAAACUUGAAAGUUUUUUGAGGUUUGUACAUAUGUAUCAUAGCUAUUACUUUUGUAAAGUAAAAUUAUAUAAAAUAUAUUCUAUAUAUACAGUAUAGUUUGAAGAGGAGAUUAAUUUGCCUCCAUAGACUGGUAAAAGGAUAGUCAUAUUUAGUUUAUAUACGAUAUUGUAAUGAUUACUCCAGUGGAGUUACCACUCAGACAUAAUCAAGGAGAGUUAA